CUCAUGCUAGCUGACAAAGCUGUUGCUAUGGAGGCAAACAGUCCAGCUCCAGAGAAUGUCAAUGGAAUGCUAAUCUGAUCUAAAUGAGGAGUUCCAGCUGCUGACCAAAGGGAGUCGUAAAAGAGGGAGUAACAAGGGGAAAUAAACAACUCGCAGUAUUCCAGACAAAUUUCCUUGCUGGAUAGUUCUUCAACUUUGUCUAAUGGAAGGGAAAUAUUUUUUGACGUUAUAAUGGAUUUUAAGUGGCAGCAUAAAGCAAACUGGCCCUGUCACAGAAUUUGUGUGUGAGAAUUAAUACAGUUUAUUACAUAUAAUAUGACAACUUCUCACAUGAAUGGACACGUAACAGAGGAUUCUGAUGGUGAAGCAAAAAAUGUGGAUCUUACAUCUUCUGAGGAGUCACAGAAGCACAGAGAGAUGGCUGUUGAUUGUCCUGGGGAUUUGGGCUCCAGGAUGAUGCCAAUACGACGAAGCACACAGCUAGAGCGGAUUCGCCAGCAGCAGGAGGAUAUGAGGCGCAGACGGGAAGAAGAAGGAAAGAAACAAGAACUGGACCUUACUGCUUCAAUGAGGCUUAAGAAACUAGCGCAAAUUCCUCCCAAAACUGGAAUAGAUAAUCCUAUGUUUGACACGGAAGAAGGAGUCAUUCUGGAAAGUCCUCAUUAUACUGUGAAAAUACUAGAAGUGGAAGAACUAUUAGCUUCUCUUAAGCAUAUCCAACACAUUUUGGCAGACCCCCAGAGUCAAGAGGAUAUCACCCUCAUUUUACAACUUGUCCAAAAUACUGAUUUUCAGAAUGCAUUUAAGAUACACAAUGCUGUCACAGUGCACAUGAACAAAGCCAGCCCUCCAUAUCCUCUUAUCUCCAAUGCACAAGAGCUAGCACAAGAGGUACAGAGUGCUUUGAAACCCAGUCACCAGAAGGAUGGACAGGAGCUUAACGCUUUACUGAAUGCCCCUCACAUUCAGGCACUUUUAUUGGCUCAUGAUAAGGUUGCAGAGCAGGAAAUGCAGCCAGAGCCAGUGACAGAGGAAAAGAUUUAUGAGAAUGUUGGCCUGUAUGGAGGAGAGACUGUUAAAAUAGUUCGAAUUGAAAAAGCUCGAGAUAUUCCACUGGGUGCUACAGUACGCAAUGAAAUGGAUUCUGUUAUCAUUAGUCGAAUAGUGAAAGGAGGUGCUGCAGAGAAGAGUGGCUUGUUACGUGAAGGAGAUGAAGUUCUGCAAAUUAAUGGUAUUGAAAUUCGUGGAAAAGACGUUAAUGAAGUUUUUGAUCUGUUGGCUGACAUGCAUGGCACUCUGACAUUUGUGCUGAUUCCCAGUCAACAGAGCAAGCCGCCUCCUGCUAAGGAAACAGUUAUACAUGUGAAAGCACAUUUUGAUUAUGAUCCUUCUGAUGACCCGUAUGUCCCUUGCCGAGAAUUAGGCCUGUCUUUUCAAAAGGGAGAUAUACUCCAUGUGAUCAGUCAGGAAGAUCCAAACUGGUGGCAGGCCUACAGAGAUGGAGAUGAAGACAAUCAGCCUUUGGCAGGCCUUAUUCCAGGAAAGAGCUUUCAGCAGCAAAGAGAAGCAAUGAAGCAAACUAUAGAAGAAGACAAGGAGCCAGAAAAACCAGGAAAGCUCUGGUGUGCAAAGAAAAAUAAAAAGAAACGGAAAAAGGUUCUGUACAAUGCCAAUAAAAAUGAUGAUUAUGACAAUGAGGAGAUUUUGACCUAUGAAGAAAUGUCACUGUAUCACCAGCCAGCAAAUAGGAAAAGGCCUAUUGUUCUGAUUGGUCCACAGAAUUGUGGCCAGAAUGAACUGCGCCAGAGAUUAAUGAAUAAUGAAGCAGAUCGUUUUGCAGCUGCAGUUCCUCAUACCACUCGGAGCAGGCGAGAGAACGAAGUAGCUGGCCGUGAUUACCACUUUAUUUCAAGGCAGGCCUUUGAGACUGACAUAGCUGCAGGGAAAUUUAUUGAAUAUGGAGAAUUUGAGAAGAAUCUUUAUGGUACCAGCAUAGAUUCUGUGCGACAAGUAAUCAACUCGGGCAAAAUAUGCCUUUUAAAUCUUCAUACCCAGUCAUUGAAGACCCUACGCAAUUCUGACUUGAAGCCAUAUAUUAUCUUUAUUGCGCCACCUUCACAAGAGCGGCUACGUGCAUUAUUGGCCAAAGAGGGUAAAAAUCCUAAGCCAGAAGAACUGCGAGAGAUCAUAGAGAAGACCAGAGAGAUGGAGCAGAACAAUGGACACUACCUUGACACAGCAAUUGUGAAUUCUGAUCUGGACAAGGCAUAUCAGGAGCUACUUCGACUAAUAAACAAACUUGAUACAGAACCUCAGUGGGUGCCAUCCACCUGGUUACGAUGAAAAUGAACAAUUCCAAGGGAGGAGUGAAUCUCUCUCUGGCAAUCUGUCAGAGUGAGAUUGUGCAGAUUGUAAUAUUAGGUGGCAGUGUGAGCUCUAGACCUCUGUGGUUGCACCCCUUGAUAGUGUAUUUGUGAAGAAACAUCCAUUAGGCAGCUUGCGAAUAGAAAGAUUAACUGAGUGUUUGAGUUUUCUUCUUCUCUUUGGAUUAAAAGUGGAAACUGAAAACAAGCCAGUAAAGUUUCUAGACCUUAAGAUAUCCUUUCUAUAAGCUGCUUUAGACAUAAUAAAUGCACCUAUCUUCUACCUAAAAAUCACCUUACUUUAAAGAGAUUUUAAAUGUGUAUAUAUUCAGUCCAUAUGGUCACAGUUAUAAAUAUUGUUAUUUAACACUUAAGUUAAUUAUCUUGUGGAACACGAUGCAAGUUUGAGCAUAUACCUUUUGGGUAGAGGAAUAAUAUACACAAGAAGCUAUGGUUGUAUUAAUUAGGAAAACCUUCCCUUAAAGAAAUAAAGGUGCCACUUGGGUCUGGAGCCUCCCUGUUAGGCUUGAAUUUUUUUAAACAAAAAAUGACAUUCCACUUUCUAAUAGCACUGUACUUUGAUAAAUGUGUAUAAUGUAAAUAUUUCACCUUCUUUGGUCUUUUUAGUCUAACUUUGUAAAUCACAUUUGACUGCACAUUAACUUUAGGUCCAAUGAAAAUAUACUGAUCUUUUUAGAUGUGAUAUUUUUAUGGAAUUUUUUUCUUUAAAGCAUAUCAAUUGAUUGGAGGGUCUUUCUUCCCCACAGAUCUGUAGAGCUAUUUAGAAGGCAGAGGUUAUAUUUUUAUGAAAAAAUAAUCAUUGUUAUAAAACGCGCUGAUUUAUUUUUUUUCUUUUUUAAUUCUUCCUCAAUGUAAACAGUUCUCAAGUUUCUAACAAAAAGGUUACUGACUAAAUAGGCUGAUGUGAUGAACAUUGGAAGAUUGUCUUCUAUUUUUGUAUGGACAUGGUGGCUCCUUACAGACGUGGGGGAAAAAAAAUGUACUUUCAGCUUGGUGUGCCGCACAGUGCAUGCCCAGAAGAGGCAUUUAUGUUAGUUUGACCAGCUCACCUGUCUAUAUAGAUCAGGCACAUCAGCAGAGCUUUUUGGCACUUGAACCAGCUUCAGAUAAAAGAACCAAAAAGCCCAAAUGAAACUCCUGAUCCAUACAGACGCUGGGGAGCUAAAUUAAACUAGUGCACUUCCUCUUCCAGUAAAGUGUUGUUGGCUUUUAUUAGGAGAGUGGGGGGGGCCACAUCUGUCAGUGGCUGGUAUGUUUUGUUGACUGUUAGUUACUAACUGGAAUUUAAAUUUGCUGAAUGUAGCUGCUGUGUAAUGUAAACCAGUAUUUAAUUGACCAGUAAGUUACUGUUUUGCAUUUGCUCAGUAUUGCAGUAAAACUGAGCGUAAAACACUGGCAACUGACUUAGAAGUCGCAUAGAAGGGGAAUUUAAAAAAAAAUGCUGAAAAAAGGAAGGGAGAGAAAGAACUCAAGGAACAAAAAUGUAACAUAAGGUCUAUGUUCUACCCUGUUCUGCCAACUAAGAUCAGAAUGUUCCUACAUCCUGAAAGAAUUUUCUGACCUGUGAAGAUUUAAGGGCUGCAGCUGUCACAUCUGUAGCAGUGCUGUUUUAAAUAGUGAAACUAAAGAGUAUCUUGUUUUUGCUUUUGGAUCACGUGAACAAACUUGAAUGUGAUUUUUUUUUUUUCUUUCCAUUUUAGGCAUAGCAUUUCCUUGUUCCCUCAGUUAAACACUGGAAUUACAUCAAUAGGUAGCUGAAUUCAACUUAACUUUGAGGAACAAAGUUAGCUGGUUUUUGACAUUGUAUUGUGUAUACUUUUAUUAACAAAUUUUAAUUGAAUAUAUUCAGGCAAAACCCUUGCCUUUUUAUGUUCACAGUUGAAUGAAGAGCUCUAGGGUGCAUAGUGAGCAAGUUAAUGUGAAAAAGUUGUUUCAAGUAACUUUCAUAGUUAGUGGACUAACAUUCUGUAGUGAACAAAUACACGGCAUUUUAUCUUCACUGGCUAGAGACCCCUAGCAAGUCGACUGCCUUAGAGAAGUUAUGUGCUGUUUAAUAGUGUUCUAGAGCUGGGUUAAGAGAAUAGUCUGUAGACAGGCAGCAAAAGGAAACUUUGAAAGAUACUGACAUAAACUUCCUGUCAUAUUAGAGCUGUAUUCAGUGUAACGGUGACUGCCUUGAUGCAAUAUUGCAUGCAGCAUUAUGGCCAUGUUGUCAUACUGUUAAUGUUUAUGAAGGCUGGUGCAUUUUUCUUCCUUUUGGACUAAUAAGCGCUUUAUUUUCUCUCUCGUGUUCCCCUGAAUUUUGUGAGAUGAAAACUUUAUUAGAUAAACAAGUUUCUCAUAGAUAGAUUUACACUUUGUUGCCAGAUGUUCAACUGUACCCACUCUUCAUUUUUGUGUGUGCUCUUGUAGUUCACAAUGAGAUCAAUUUAUGGAAGUCAGAAGUUGGUAGGUCAUAGUACCUAAUACUGGCUUGGUCUCCAGUUGUGGGUAGGCUUAGGCAAUGCUCAGAAGUAAAACAGGCUCUGCAUUUUCCACCAGUUUUAGGGCUGGACCUUGAAUUGCUUUGAAAUGGAGUAAGAAAGCACUUUCUACCAUUUUAUCAUGAAGGAAAAAUGUAUUAAUUCCCUUUGGAGUUAAAGACAGUGGAACACUUCAGCAUUAUCAUAAGCUUGACAGGGGAAGGUAUUUUUUUUUACCAAUCCGGACUUACUGAAAAACGCGUUUUGUUAGCUGAACUGAACAAAAGUAUUAAGGAGUAUGAAUGUAAUUGUGGCUUUUUAAAAUAAGAUGGGGACUUCAUGCCUUAAAAAUUAAGGUAUCACUUAACUGUGGUUAGCCCCAUGUUGUACUUUUAUAUAUGUACCUGCACUCUGUAUUUUCAGACAUCAUGAACUGCACACUGAUGUAAAAAAUGUAAAAUAUUUCUAGAUUUAAAAUAAAUCACUGUACAAUUUUAUCUGAUGCA